CCAUAAGACUAACCCUAAGAUUAAGACUCGUUUUAACGCGCAGCUUCUCUCUGUGUAUUUAUAUUGCUGCUGCUGUGUGUGUGUGUGUGUGUGUGUGUGUGUGUGCGCGCGCGCCUGGUCGUAAGCUCUGCGAUUGGAGACAACGCUGGUUAACAGGUCUGCGACCGAGGAGCGUCUUGUUCUUUUGCAUAAUCAUCACCCCAGUGUCCUCUGGAGGAUACCAGAGCCCCGCAGGUGCUGAGAUUUUACACCAGGGACUCUUUUUUUGUUUUUGUUUUCUCCUAAGAAAUAAAUCUUUUAGAGAAUAAGAUCCACCAGGCUGUUCUGUGUUGUGGCGCAACAGAGCGCUGUGUGUGCGCUCAGCCUGUUCCACAAGAACCAGACUGGUCGAGGCUGCUCAUCUGGCAGCAGGUGGUGUGACAUGUGGACCGGGUGAAGUCACCCGCUUCUCCCCGUGAUUGUCAGUUAACAGUGAGUGAAGGUGCUCCGGACAUUAAAAGUGACAGUGACAGUCAGUCACUCGGGAUGCUCGGCCAAUCUCCUCACCUUAUCGGAGGCAUCUUGUGGAUCCAGAAUCCAAUGAGAGCUGUUCACUGCAACCUGAGCCAGAAUGGCAUCGAUCACCAGAUGUGCCCGGAGGACAUGACGUCACAGCUGGAGGAAGAGGAGGACUCGGUGGAUGCUGGGGCUGUGCUGCUGGACGACGACAGCCCGAGCUACCAGGAUGUCAGCCCCCCAAUGUACCAGCGCCGUAUGCCGCCACACCGCUCAGUCUCUGAGUCUGAGCUGACACGGCCAGGAUAUGUAAAGCUGUCCAAACCAGUUGCCCUGUGGACCCAACAGGACGUGUGCAAAUGGCUGAAGAAACAUUGUCCCAAUCAGCACCAGAUCUACAGCGACUCCUUCAAACAGCACGACAUCACAGGGCGGGCUCUGAUGAGGUUGACAGACAGAAAGCUGGAAAGAAUGGGGAUCAUGCAGGAAGCCCAGAGGCAGCACAUCCUGCAGCAGGUCCUGCAGCUUCGUGUCCGAGAGGAAGUCAGGACCCUUCAACUUCUCACACAAGCCUCUCUGGAGUGCACUCCGUCUUCGCCAUAGCCUGGCGGAGCAGGAAUACCCGGUCACAAAAGGACGUAGACACCCACCGCCUUGCCAACAUCCACUCAACAUGCGAUCCCCAGACUUCUCCAGGGAACAAUCACAACUCUCUGUCUCAUGCCUUUGGUCUCCGUCCUUGUCUUCUCCAAAGACCAAUCUGGAAAAAAACUCAUGCCUUCUUCCCAGCCACUCCUGAGAAGCUCCCACGAGUUCUGACUUGCUUUGUUUCCUCGCAGUCCAAACAAUUCCUCACAGCUUCCUGGAAUCUGACCAAUAGUUUCCAUUACAGGCGUCCCAUCUCCCGUCAUUUCUGACCUUUACAGUCAAACUUCCACCAGGCCUCUCACGCUAUAACUCCUACACUCCUCUCAGACAUCACUUCACUCCCUUUCUCCCAAGAACCACGCCGGCAGCCAAGCCCUCCUAAUCUUCAUCUACCCAGAAUUUAACACUUGCUUGGCUGGGUUUCCUAAAAGCAUUUAAACACAAAGAUAAUCUCUGCACCAUUGCCUUGUAAUUGGAUAGUCUCGUGUGUGUGCUGAUUUGCUUUUAGGGAACUCACCUACCCUUACAGUAAACAGUGACACCUAUAAUCCACAUAAAUAAUUCUACAUUCAAACGCAGUCUCUUGGUCUGUUUGUGGCAUGUUAGCGCCUUCAUUGUAGCACUUAAAUGUGUAUUUCCUCCCAUACAAUACUCUUGUGGCGCUCUGCUGAGCUUUCAAUGGUGGCAACAUAAUGACUGUCCACAAGACCACUACUAUACACCUUUCCUCCCCUUAUUCUGCCUCCUUAUCUCCUCACAGACUAUUCCCACAACCGCAAAAGGGGCGAGACAUUUUACACAAUCUUGUAUGUGUUUUGUGCUCUUUCUCUCUCUCAUUCUGUGCAUAGAUCCUGUAAACGGUGUUUGACAACGCCCAGUGAAGUGUCCAUAUCUCUCCUCACUUUUUGUCCUCUCCAUAUUGUGGAUCACUCUCUUAGGGAAGACAGUAAGCCUCAGAGAACUUCACUGUGAAAACAACCAACAGUUAGUCUGGGAAUAAGCACUGAACCCGGCAUUACAUUAGGUAUGGUUAAGUUGGCUCCCACGAAAUGAACGACAUCGAUGUGAAAAAGCAAUCUGUAGGAGAUGAAGCAGAACCUAAAAAAAAAAGGGAUGAACUGCGAAAAGGAAAUUCCCUUGGUGUCCCUAAAAGCACCGUGCCAGUAGGUAAACUGAAACAAAGGGAAAGGGAGUGGCUGAAAAAAAAAAGGAGCAGGAACAGCAAAAGGGCUUCGUGAACCGAGAGAUACUUCGACUUGAAAUUCUUUACCGCUAAUGAGGAGAGAAAAAGAAGAAAAGACAUCACGGAUAACAAAAGAAGAGCCUUUUUCAUUUCCUCCCCUCUGUAUCGCCGACUCUUUAUUGCUUUGUCUGCUUUCCAUCUCACUGCUUGAAACUAUUUUUAGAUGAGAUAUAUUGAAAAUAGUGUAGAAAGGAGAUGUGCUGUGUGCAAAAGCUCAUCAUGGAAAUGUUGUGUGUCAAUCUGUUAGGAAGAUAUUCUAUUUAUCUCUGAUAAGAAACUCAAAUCUCUGUCAAUGUGAAUAAUGGCCACUCACUGUUGAUAUUAUAGGUAUUUUAACUGCACUUAAAAAGCACAUCUGUCUGUCAUGAAACAAAACAGCUGUUACUCGGACCAUUGUCAUCUUCUUCAUUAUGUCUAUGAGUGUAAAUACAUUAUAAAAUCUUGUAGCCAGUAUAAUGACCUCUUAAUAUCAGCCACUGAUUUCAGUGUACUGGAGUGAUAUUUAUCAAAAGCUCGUAUCCACGCCGGUGUAGCAUGAGCUGUUGUCAUGGUAACAACAUCUUUCCUCUUCUGGAUCAGAGCUGUCAGUCAGAGGAGCAUAAAAUAGCUGUUGCGGUUGGAGCGUGGGGGGAAAAGAAGGGGGUCAGCAGUCGGCCCCUGAGAGCCAUUGCGUUUUAAUGGGAUUCCAUUUGUACAUGGGUCCCACAGUGUCCAGCAAUUCAUUGUUUGGAUAGUAGCUGUAGCCAAAUGCGGCAAAGACCUGUGAGCAGAUUGAAUAGUAUUGAUCAGUUCUUCGGGACAUACAGUCAGUCCUUUAGGAUUACAAAAGCUUCAAGGACUGUGUGUGUGUGUGUGUGUGUGUGUGUGUGUGUGCGUUUGUGUGUGCUGACAGUCACAUAGGAAUGGAGUUGUUCAGGCUAAAACACAAGUGGCUAUUUCACGGUCGGCUGGAGAUGCCGUGUCCAUGUCUGUCAAGGCCACAGGAGGAAGGGGAGGUCUCGAGCUUCCGUUAAAUUUGGAAUUUCUCCACUCCUCAGUAUCAGGUUAGAAGCCGUGAAAAAUGUGAACUGGGACAAAUGGUUUGCAGUGGUGAAAGCUUAGUGAGUUUGAGACCUGGAUUCAUUAAUGCAAAUGCCCCUUUCCCCUUUUAAAUAAUAUGAGUAAUUGAUCAUCAUUCUUUCAUUAUACAUAAUUCUGUAUACCCUCUUAUUGGCAUUAAAGGAAAAAUUAGCAAUUUUGGGGAAUACACUUAUUCAAUGAGAUGAGAAGAUUGAAUCCACUCAUAUUUAAGACAAUUAGCUUAGCUUAGCAUAAAUACUGUAUACAUGGGGAAACAGGUAGCCUUACACUGUCCAAAAGCAACAAAAGUCCACUAUUUAACAAUUUACAUCUAAUUUGCUUGUUUGUCAUUUUUGCACGUUGUUUGUAUGAACUUGCUUUUGUUCUUAUGUUCAAAUACUUCAGACCACUUUUGAGCAAAAGUUACAAUUUAGCUGGAAAUCAUUUGCUUCUUGCAAAGGGUUAAAUGAUAAAAUUGAUGCCACCUUUUAUAUUUGACCAUUCAAUAUAGAGCUACAUUCAGCAGCCAGUCAGGGUAGCUUAGCAUACAGACCAGCUCUGUCCAAAAAUCCACCUAUCAGCUGUUUAAUCGGUGCAAAAACCAAAGCGAAGAAAUUAUAGAAUGACACAAAUUGGAUAUAACAUGUUCAUUAAUGAGCUUCAGAUAUGCUUGAGUGUGGAUUUUGUUAACAUUAGACAACAACAAAGCCAGGCUAACUGUUUCCCCCAGUUUCCAGUCUUUAUUCUAGGCACUAAGCUACCCGUCAGACGGCUCCAGCUCUACACCGAGUGGUAUCAAUGGUCUCAUCUAAGUCAUCUAAGAUUUCCCCGAAUAUCAAACUAUUUCUUUUCGUUAAAUUUGAAGUUUUUCUCGGAUAUGGUCAGAAGCCUUCAAAUUUGCACAUAAGAGACUGACAAAACCAAGGUCCAUGCAUUCCCAAAUCCAGAGGGAGAAGAACACAAGGCUGACUUUGUGUGAUCUCACAGUAUAUGAACCACUUGCCUUGGAUUUCAUCAUAGUUUUGAUUGUGGCCCUGUAAAGAAAGUGCUGUGUGUAUUCAAAUUCAAUUGCAAUUCUGCACUUCAAUGUGGCUGUAAAGGAUUAUUGAAAGUGUUCUAUUCCUUUUAACUCAAAGCGUCUUUGAAAUUGAUUUUUACAAAUUUCAUGCAGACAGUGUAAACUUUGGGUCAAGACCUAAAUUUGCUUUCAGGCUUUCCACUACAUAACAAAUGUAGCAGUCUGUUUUAGUGACCCAUAUCCCAGGCUGCAGCACUGUAAUAACCCUGGAUGUAGGCAGUAAAAUAUUGAUUCUUUAUUGUUACUCUCCAGAGUGUGUGCUUGCUCCCUACUUGCAGGGGGAGGGAGCAAGGGGAAUAGAUUUUCCUCCAGAGGCAUAAGGGAAACUUUCCACUGUAUUUUUGGCUUUGAUAUCCAGGUAUAACCAGCUCAAGAUCUGGCAACUGUGCCAAGGUGUCCGAGGACUUGCCUAAACUUGCUCAGCACGUAGUCUCCCAGUACCUGUAAGAGGUUUGGCACACACUCAUAGAUGCUGAUACACAGUGCGCUGUUCAACAAGAGAACACCAGACUAAACCUCACACAACGUUAUUGCACAAGAACUUUCACACAUGCUGGCAUGCAUGUAGAACUGCACCCAAACCCAGACUUUGUGUGUAAAAUACACAUACACUAGCACACACACAGCGACACUUACUAUAUACACACACAUUUUUCUCAGCAAAUUAGCAGUAAACACAGCCACAGCCGCUCACAGGUUUCACAUUAGUUAUGCAUAAACAAAUGUAGAAGCAAACAUGUAUGUGACGCCUCAAACACAAUCAGAAGACAACAAAUCUAAGAUUUUUUUUCUGCCGUGUUGAGAGCAUGUUUUGAUUCUGUUCUGAGUGUUUUUGUAACCAACAGGCAUGCAGACCAAGUCUCUACUCCCAAUCUAUCUACAUAUAAGGUGCCUAAUGAUGGAUAUUAAUGACGAUAUUGACAUCAUGAUGAGUAUAUAUAAUAAACAGAUUAAUCUUCAUGUA